AAGCCACGGCAUCCCACAAAGGAGCUUCUGUUAAUGAAAGGCAAGCAUAUCCCUCUUGGAUCGAAUGUUUACGUGCAAACCGCGGCCCGAAACCCUUCCCCCCGAGGAAGAAGAAAAGAAAAAAAAAAACAAAAAAAAAAAAACGGAAAGGAGGGUGAAAAGGUAAAGAAACGCCCCCAGCCGCAGCUGCGGCGGGGAGCGCUCCGGGCCGGCUGCGGCGCUCCCCGCUCCCCGCUCGGCGCCGGGCGCGGCCGCGCCCCCGAGCCCGCGGCGCUCACACGGCUCCGGCAGAGAGACGCGCACAGCCCGGGGCUGCGCGGCCCCGCCGCCCGGGGCCAUGCUCUCCAGGAAGGGGAUCAUCCCCGAGGAGUACGUGCUGACCCGGCUGGCCGAGGAUGUGCCGGAUCACGCCCGGUACCGCGCGCGGGAGAGGCGGGCGCGCUUCGUGGGCAAGAACGGCGCCUGCAACGUGGCCCAUAAGAACAUCCGCGAGCAGGGGCGCUUCCUGCAGGAUGUCUUCACCACGCUGGUGGACCUCAAGUGGCCGCACACGCUGCUCAUCUUCACCAUGUCCUUCCUCUGCAGCUGGCUGCUCUUCGGCAUGGUCUGGUGGCUCAUCGCCUUCGCCCACGGCGACCUGGACCACAGCACGCGGCUGCAGAGGGACCCCGCGGAGGGGGCGGCGGCCGCCUUCGUGCCCUGCGUGACCAGCAUCCACUCCUUCACCUCCGCCUUCCUCUUCUCCAUCGAGGUGCAGGUGACCAUCGGCUUCGGGGGGCGCAUGGUGACGGAGGAGUGCCCGGCCGCCAUCCUGGUGCUGAUCGUGCAGAACAUCGUGGGGCUGGUGAUCAACGCCAUCAUGCUGGGCUGCAUCUUCAUGAAGACGUCGCAGGCUCACCGCCGGGCCGAGACCCUCAUCUUCAGCAAGCACGCGGUGAUCGCCCUGCGGGAGGGCAGGCUCUGCUUCAUGCUGCGCGUGGGCGACCUCCGCAAGAGCAUGAUCAUCAGUGCCACCAUCCGUAUGCAGGUGGUGAAGAAGACCGCCAGCCUGGAGGGGGAGGUGGUGCCCCUCAACCAGAUCGACAUCCAGAUGGAGAACCCCGUGGGGGGCAACAGCAUCUUCCUCGUCUCCCCGCUCAUCAUCUACCACGUGAUAGACAAGAACAGCCCCCUCUACGACAUCUCCCCCAUGAACCUUCACCACCACGAGGACCUGGAGAUCAUCGUCAUCUUGGAAGGGGUGGUGGAGACCACCGGCAUCACCACCCAGGCCAGAACCUCCUACCUGGCGGAUGAAAUCCUCUGGGGUCAAAGGUUUGUGCCCAUCGUGGCGGAGGAGGAUGGGCGAUACUCGGUGGACUACUCGAAGUUUGGCAACACGGUGAAAGUGCCCACCCCCUCGUGCACUGCCAGGCAGCUGGAGGAGGACAAGAGCAUCAUAGACACCAUGCCACUGUCCCCUAAAGGCACAAUAAGGAAAAGGUCUGUCAAGCUAAAGCCCAAGUUUACCAUAAGCGAAGAGCCUUCCUGA